AUGGCGUCUACUGUUAGUUCUUCUCGUGGUAAAGCAAAAGUUCGAAAUUUUGCUAAAUCCGAUGGUUCUUUCGCCUGGGACUUCAGGAACGCUUAUACAUAUCGACCAUCUGUUUUAUCUCGAAUCACUAGCAACAAAUAUUCUCCUACGAGUGAUCCAGAUCGUUUUCGCAUAAACGACGCUGUAGAAGUGAAUGGUACAAAUAUCAAUGCAAAUGAUACAGAAUUCUGGAGCGCCAUAUUUAGUGACGAAUUUGUGCAGAGAUUAGAGGGAGUUUCCAUUGAGUGCGAUGGUGAAAUUCUACAUUUGAUAAUCCCCUAUCUUCACGAUCUAUGUAAAGCUCCACCAUGCCUCUGCACACCAUUUAAUUUUGAUGUGUCAUAUGGCUCCGGAGUAUGUUUAAAAGAAGAUUAUCCGCAGAUGCUAUCCAUCAUAGCAUCUCUUAUUCGCCAGAAUCGUUUAGUCACUGUGUGUCUCCCAAACCAUGACGAGUUUGAAGAGUAUUUUGAAGACGAUCCAGAAAAAUAUUUACACCAUUAUCUGGAAAUUACAAAUGCAAUUACUGUCACUCAAUCAAUGAUAUCUUUACGGUGGCUUUGUGGAAUAAAGCGUAUAGAAGACUGGAGUGAAAAAAAACCAUGGCUAAAAGAAUCAACACAAGCUAUGUUAGCUGCACUUGAGAAAAAUAUUUCGCUCACCGAAGCUGGUUUUUACGGUAUGACUGACUAUUAUGGUUGGGAUGAUAUAAUUGUUCCGCUACUUGCUCGUAAUAAAGCACUACCCGGCAUGAACGCAGCGGUAGCUGCUGGUAAGGUGGAUGGUGAAUGGGAUGACAGCUGUCCAGCUGACCUAGUGCGUCAACUGAUCGCAGCUAAAUUCAACUUACAUCGCUCUUUUUUCAACCCAUCGGGUGAUAUGUGUUUUUGUGAGUCAUGUCAUAGAAAAUCAGGUAAUAGGGUGCUCUAUAGUCGCGGUGAUCCCCCUUCUCGCUAUGUACUUCCUGUGGGAUGGAUGCGACUCGGUUUGAAAGUACACGAAGGUUUUGCGGAAAGUAAUGAUAUAUUUAGAAAAUGGCAUGCUUCCUAUCAUGGAACCACAGCAAGUAACUUAGAACCUAUAUUUCGCGGUGGUCUCCAAUUACUCAAGCCGGGCGACGUAGCUUUAGGCGGUACAUCCAUAGGCGUCCGAUCAGGUCACAUUCCAAAAAUGGUUCGCCGGAAAAAUCUCUAUACUGGUAGCGAUGAAGAAUUUGAUAUUAAUCAAGUCUUCACUUCACCGUCUAUCCGUUAUUCAUCACAUCCUGCUUAUGCACAACAGUUCAUCGUCAGCCAUCCACAUCGAUCACGCAUACGUAUCGGCAUGCGAUUUGUAUUUCAAUGCCGCCAACGUCCUGGCUCGUACAAGAUCGGUCAAGAAACGGUCGGCGCACGGGAUUUAAAACUAUAUCCUCAUUUUGAUAACAAGGAACUCGAGUGGUAUACGAAAGAAAAUGCUGGGGUGGUUUUAUGUGGUCUUUGCGUACAACUUCGUUAUAUAAAAAGUAGCUAA